GAAGAGAAGAGAGUUACACCCUGCGUGUGUUUCUGUGCCUUGCAUCCUCCAAAGAGGGAUGACUUAAGCCACUUUCCUAGGCUCCUCGGAUCCCCCUUGCUCCGAAGAAGCGGGUGGGUCAAGGGUGAAAAGGAAGGAACGUUUGCAGGAAGAAGAUACGUACAAAGAAGUGCAGAAGGAGACCGCAGAAAAGUUAUGGAGUCUGAACUUGUGGAAGGAGACCCUCCGGGAAGCGAGGCAGGAACCAUAGUGGACAAUCUGGGCAGUCAACCAUACCGAUGCGUCCCCGAAGUAACUAAGGUUGAGCACUACGAUUUAGUGCCAUCGUCCUCCUCUUCUGUCUGUCACGCUCCAUCACCGGGGCUUCCGUGGGCCCAGCGAGCUCGGCUACAGCCAGCCAGCGUGGCGCUGAGGAAGCAGGAAGAGGAGGAUAACAAACGAUCAGCACUGUCAGACAGCUAUGAGCUCUCAACGGAUCUUCAAGACAAAAAGGUGGAGAUGCUGGAGCGGAAGUAUGGGGGCUAUUUCUUGAGCCGGCGGGCAGCUCGUACAAUUCAAACCGCCUUCCGCCAAUACCGCAUGAACAAAAAGUUUGAGCGCCUAAGAAGUUCGGCGUCGGAGAGCCGUAUGUCGCGGCGCAUCAUCCUGUCCAACAUGCGGAUGCAAUAUUCGUUUGAGGAAUAUGACAAGGCCCAGAAUGCCCCUUACUUUGAAGGUAAACCUGCCUCUCUGGAUGAGGGCUCCAUGGUUACUGCUCGACCUCACCUCCUGGAUCACGGCCUUCCCUACAGCGGCUCAUGCCGGACCGGCUUGGAUGGCAGCUCCCUGCAUUCCUCUUCUGGAGGCUUCUGCAAUGACAUCACGGAGCUGGAGGAUUCCUUCUCCAAGCAGGUGAAGUCUUUGGCGGAAUCGAUUGAUGAAGCCUUAAACUGCCACCCACUUGGCCAGGAGGGAGGACCUGUUGGCCCCACUUUGGAAAAAAGUGAAUCCAAGGAGCAGCAGGGUGACAGUGCUGCCACUUCAUUCAGUGAUGUCACACUCUAUCUGGACGAAGGCGCUCCCACGUCACCCCUCUCUCUGGAGUGCCCCCCCAGCACUGAGCCCCCAGAGCCUGCUCCGGGAGUGCCCCUCCCACCACCCCCACGGCCGGAGUACUGGGGGGCGCCCCAGCGGGAGGACAGCCGGGAGAAUGGGGGCGGGAGCCGGCGCAGCACACCUUGCCUGGAAUGCCGGGACUACCGCCUUCGGGGCGCUCACUUGCCCUUGCUCACAAUUGAGCCUCCCAGUGACAGCUCAGUGGAUCUGAGCGACCGUUCUGAUCGGGGUUCAGUCAAUCGGGGGCUCAUGUAUGAGCAAGAUGGCUGCAGCCCCCAUGGCACCCUCAAACAUCCUGGAGGGCCUGCACGCUCCCCACACCCACACCGUCAUUAUCACCCUGAGAAAAGCCAGCCUCCUCCACCUUUGCCCAUCCCACCCCCUCAGGCCCCAAGUCGCCUGCCUCCACCUCCUCCGCCGGACAACUCCGAUGGCGACAACGACAGCCUCAACAGCACCACCAACUCCAACGAGACCAUCAACUGCAGCUCAGGAUCCUCCUCACGGGACAGCCUGCGCGACCCACCUCCACCUGCCCCAGCCACCGCCACGACCGUUGGGGGCCCCUGCAAGCAGACCUACCAGCGGGAGACGCGGCACAGCUGGGAUUCUCCUGCCUUCAACAACGACGUGGUGCAGCGCCGCCAGUACCGCAUCGGCCUCAACCUUUUCAACAAGAAACCAGAAAAGGGGAUCCAGUAUUUAAUCGAGAGAGGCUUCUUGUCGGAUACGCCAGUGGGCGUGGCCCGGUUUAUCCUGGAGCGGAAGGGGCUAAGCCGGCAGAUGAUUGGAGAAUUUCUUGGCAACCGGCAGAAACAAUUCAACCGAGAUGUACUCGAUUGUGUUGUAGAUGAGAUGGACUUCUCCAGCAUGGACCUGGAUGAUGCCCUGAGAAAGUUCCAGUCACACAUUCGGGUGCAAGGGGAGGCCCAGAAAGUGGAACGUCUCAUCGAGGCCUUCAGCCAGCGCUACUGUGUAUGCAAUGCCCCAUUGGUGCGCCAGUUUCGGAACCCUGACACCAUCUUCAUCUUGGCUUUUGCCAUCAUCCUUCUCAACACGGACAUGUACAGCCCCAGCGUCAAAGCAGAGAGGAAGAUGAAGCUGGAUGACUUCAUCAAAAACCUACGAGGGGUUGAUAAUGGGGAGGACAUCCCCCGUGACCUCUUAGUAGGGAUUUACCAGCGGAUUCAGAGUCGAGAACUGCGCACCAACGAUGAUCACGUUUCUCAGGUCCAGGCCGUUGAGCGCAUGAUUGUGGGCAAAAAGCCGGUUCUCUCUCUGCCCCAUAGGCGCCUGGUGUGCUGUUGUCAGCUGUAUGAGGUCCCCGACCCCAACCGGCCCCAGAGGCUUGGCCUGCACCAGAGGGAAGUCUUCCUCUUCAAUGACCUCUUAGUGGUGACAAAGAUUUUCCAGAAGAAGAAGAUCCUUGUGACUUACAGUUUCCGCCAGAGCUUCCCACUUGUUGAGAUGCAGCUACAGCUCUUUCAGAAUUCCUAUUACCAGUAUGGGAUUAAACUACUCUCAGCUGUCCCCGGUGGGGAACGAAAAGUCCUGAUCAUCUUCAAUGCCCCCAGCCUGCAGGAUCGACUGCGUUUCACAAGUGAUCUGCGGGAAUCCAUCGCCGAAGUGCAAGAGAUGGAGAAAUACCGUGUGGAAUCGGAGCUUGAGAAGCAGAAAGGAGUAAUGCGCCCCAACGCCUCUCCCGCUUCCGGGCCCAAGGACACCGUGAACGGGACCCUGACCCGGAGCAGCCUAGAAGACGCCUAUACGAUGGGAGAGGGCCUGAAGAGAAGUGCCCUCAACAGUUCCCUGCGUGACCUCUCUGAUGCUGGCAAGCGCGGCCGCCGUAACAGCGUGGGAUCCUUGGACAGCACAAUUGAAGGGUCUAUCAUUAGCAGCCCACAUCCCCAUCAGAGGGCGCCACCACCACCUCCUCCAGAGGAAUACAAGCCCCAGCCUCGGCCCCCCUCGAAUUCGUCCUCCUUCCUGGGCUCCCUGUUUGGCAGCAAGCGUGGGAAGGGCCCUUUCCAGACACCCCUCAGCCAGGCCUCGGCAUCCUCCUCUUCGGCUUCUUCAUCUCACCAUCAUCUGCCCCAGCACCACCCGCAUCACAGCCACCCCUCCCUCCCUGAUGGCAACCAGACUAAGCUGCAGGCGCUCCACGCCCAGUACUGCCAUAGCCCCUCUGCCCAGCCCCCUCCCCCCUACCCGCAGCAGCCCCCUCCCCCUCAGCAACCAGCACCCCCACCCCCACCUCUGGCCCUGCCCUCCAACCCUCUGCCACCUCAGAUUCAGCGCUACCACCAUUCCCAGCAGCCUCCUCUAUCAGCUCCCCCUCAGAAGCAGGCAGUGCCCGCUUUCCCUACCCCGCAACCCCACCACCACUACACUCUCGGUCGGCCCGGGCCGCAGAAGCGCUUCCAAAUGGCGGCGGCGGCUGCUUCCCAGCACCCUCCCUUCCCUCAUGGGCGCCAGCCCAUCUCGCCGCUGCCCCUCUACAGCCCUGCCCCGCAGCACGCCCUGGCCCACACGUACCCCCAGCAGCUGCAUCAGCCGGGGCUCAGUGGGCAGCACACGCUGCAUAGGCCGCAGGCCCCAAAGCACUUUAUUUUCAGCCAUCAUCCCGCGCAGCUCCUACAGCGGCCUCCGCCACCCUCCGGCAUGGGGCCAUAUCCCGGGCAUCAUGGCCAUCCUCCGCCACACCACAGCCAACCCCCAAUGCCCCCGCCUCAUUCUCCCAUUCCUCCGCAUCCUUCUUACCCGCCUCUUCCCCCUCCAUCGCCCCAUACGCCUCUCAGCCCCCACUCUCCGGCUGCUCCGACGUCCCCUCUGGCCCAGCACAUGCCCAUGCACCCGGGGGGUCCUCCACCCAUGCCCGCUCAAGGGCCCCCAAAUCCCAAGCCGAAGCCGGUCAACAGAAUCAGCACCGUUGUGUGAAUAGCUGCCCCCCACAAUGGAACUGAUAGCAGAUCUAUCAAUGUAUAAAUAGCAGAGCUUGGGGCCUCCUCUGUUCCAGCUGAAGUGAUGGGGAAGGACGGAGGUCAGGAGGGUGUCUAGAUUUUAUGGCCAUUCCCUUUCCUCCUCCCCACUCCACAUCCCAUCCCUCUUUUUCCUAGGAUCAGAACUGAGAGAGGGCAUCCCUUGGAAAGGAAGAAAACCUGGAGCUGCAACGCCGUGCGUGGCCGGAGGGGGGUACAGCUUCACAUGGGCUUUGCUUUGGGGAGCUCUGCCUCUUUUCCCUUCCUCGUGGGGCAUCUGUCCCCGCUCCUACCAUCUUUUUCUGAGCAUCUGUGGACAGCAUGGUAGUUUUGUGGUGAUCGCGGAUGGCAGAAGUAUAAGCUGCAGUAUUGGGGGAAGCAAGGGUCUGCUUGGGUUGUCUUAGGAAUAUGGCCAAACAGGUAAAAUUUUAUUAUCCCAACUUUUAGUAACAUUUGUGUGUUUUGCGGGCAGCAAAUUCUUUUCUAGCAGAAUCACUUCGUGAUGGGGAAGGAAGGAAGGAAGGAAGGAAGGAAGGAAGGAAGGAAGGAAGGAAAAGAAGGAAGGAAGGAAGGGAAGGACGGAAGGAAGGAAGGAAGGAAGGAAGGAAUAAAUAAGUCAUAUGAUUUUGAUAGAUGCUCCCAUUGUCAUAAAUGGGCAGAGGUAAUCAUACUAUCUGCUGUGUGUGGGAUACCUGCUAGUCUCCCAUGCAAUUAUGCCCAAUGUGGUGGUUUUAAUGUGCAGAGGAAGCUGUACAAAGGACUUUGCAUUUUCUUCUGCCCAGACUCUCUCUCUCAUUGGCCCCAGAAUUUGCUGAUUAAAAAAACAAAAAACCUAUUUAAAUUUUUUUAGCAGGUAGCAAAUAGUCCCUGUGGCUGCCUUCUGUGUAUCAUGUUUAAACUGCAAAUGGCAUUUAUGAAUCCUACUUUCUAGUGGUAAUUUUUACUCAGAAGAAUGACUGAAGAAGAAUCUCAUUUCUUUCUGAUUUACCCCAAAAGAAUGUGUUUUCAGUCUGAUUAACCCACUUUUUAAUGGUCCCCUGUGGACCCUGAAAUCACUUUUCCUCAUGGCAAACAGACCUGUAAAUGCAGAAAAUGGAACAGAGUUUUAGAGACCAUAGAUGAAGUUUUGGGGCUAACACAAAAUGUUUUGUUCAUUGCCAAAUUCUGCCAAGUGGCACAGAAUUUGUGUGUGCAGAAGAAUUACAGCAGGGACCAGGAGUUUGGCCCUUCUGUCAUUUUUCCUUGCAACUCCUCGUAAGCAGAAGUGGGUUCCUACCAGUUCGCACCUAUUCGGUAGAACCGGUUCGUCAAAUCUACCGAACCGGUUAGAAGA